GGGUUUCAUUUUCCCGGGUCGUCGCCGGUCGCUGGGGCUCGCCGGGGACGAGCCGUGCAAGCAGGCAAGCCAACAACCCCAUGCUCGGGAAUUUGACACCUGGAUGGGUUUUUCGUUGUUCAAUGCCACGCCAGCGGGAGUUGGGAUGCAACGAUGGCUCCAGGGAGGGCCGACCGCCCGCAUGGAUGCUCGCUCGACUGAACGUUGCGGCGUUGAACCCAAACAACCAUGGCAACCUUCUGACCUCAUGGCCCAUCUUUCCCGGAUCAGAGCCGAAAGCCCAGGGAUAUUCACCGUUGGGCGCAUGCUUUUUGUCUGAGAUCGACGACCUCUUGAGGACCCGUCUCUCGAGAAGCAAGCAUGGUCAAUCUUCCCAUGACAGCUGCCGAUGGCGCAAUGUAUCUGCAACGCGUUAUUUCCCGUCUCGGCGAUGGGCAGCACGACCAGACAGAGAGCGAAUCACGUUUCCCUGCGGCCCCCCGCCUCUGUCCCCCACCUGGCCCAGCUUCAUUCCCACGUCGGAUCCACUAACGCAGGAACAGAGACCGGCUCUGCCAAUGGGGGCGCCCCCGUGCCAUGUCGAUGGGUCUUCUCGAAGGUUUCAGGGUCCGUUUUUGUGCAUGAAAAGCGCCACCUCACAAUUCGCGCUCUGCAGGCCAACUUGCCUGUUCCGUCUUCACCUUCCCAGCGGACCCUUGUACAUACAUCGUUAUGUUGUGGACAGAGGGUACUUGUCCAGAGCAAGCUCGGCCCAUUUCCCUCCCGGUCCCAGCACGGCCGGCCGGCGAGCGUCGGGGCCGCCAGACUCGCUCGUACCGGGGUCUGCUAUGGAAAGAUAACGUUACGCAAGUAGUUACACAGGACAUGCCUCUACAGAACGACAAGCACGGGAGCUCGACCUUAUCAUACGAUAACAACGACUUCUCCCAACAUCUCCGGGUGAAGUUGUCGUUGUCCAGCACUGCGGACAGCAGACAGCCAACGACCACAGCAAACAAAAUCACUGCGCAU